AUGAAGGCAAUUCAUUUUGGUGGUGGUAACAUCGGUCGUGGCUUUGUUGCCGAGUUCCUCCACAAAUCCGGAUACGAAGUCGUCUUUGUUGAUGUUAUGGAUGCCAUCAUCGAUUCACUGCAAAAGAGCAAGUCGUACACGGUCACAGAAGUUGGCACAUCAGAGACCAAGUCGAAGACAAUUACCAACUACCGCGCCAUCAACAGCAAGAAGGAAGAAGACAAGGUCGUCGAGGAGAUUGCCACUGCCGACAUUGUCACCUGCGCCGUUGGCCCCAACAUCUUGAAGUUCAUUGCUCCUGUUAUCGCCAAGGGCAUCGAAAGCCGCAAGAAGGACUCACCGGUCGCUGUUAUUGCUUGCGAGAACGCCAUUGGAGCCACCGACACUCUCCGCAAGUUCAUCGAGGAGAAGCUCUCAGACUCAACAAAGGCCAACAUUCAAGACAAGGCUCGUUUCGCCAACAGCGCAAUCGACCGUAUUGUUCCUAUGCAGGAUGAGGACGCAGGCCUGAACGUCAAGAUCGAGAAGUUCUACGAGUGGUGUGUGGAGAGCAAGCCUUUCCUUCCUGCAGACCCACCAGCAAUUGAGGGUGUCCACUUCGUUGAGGAUCUCUGCCCAUUCAUCGAGCGCAAGCUCUUCACUGUCAACACCGGACACGCCACCGCUGCAUACUUUGGAUACAACCGUGGCAAGGAAUACGUUCAUGAGGUCUUGCAAGACAAGGAGCUGAACGAGAUUGUACGAAACACACUCAAGGAGACCGCUCACUUGAUUGUCAACAAGCACGAAAUUUCCGAGAAGGACCAGAACGACUAUGUCGAGAAGAUCAUCAAGCGUAUCUCGAACCCUGUUCUCAAGGACAACGUUGAGCGUGUCGGUCGUGCUCCUCUCCGCAAGCUGUCGCGCAACGAGCGUUUCAUCGGCCCUGCUGCCCACCUUGCCGAGAUGGGAGCAAAGUACGAUGCCCUCUUGGGAGGUAUCGAGAUGUGUCUCCGCUUCCAGAACGUCGAAGGUGACGAUGAGUCGGUCGAGCUGGCCAAGAUCCUCAAGGAGAACUCUUCCAGCGACGCCACCGAGAAGAUCACUGGUCUGGAGCGCGACCACGUUCUGUUCUCAGCGGUUGAGGAGGUUGUCAAGAAGGUUCAAGCUUGA